AUGAGCUAUCCUUCGUGCCUCGCAGCCAUGCCUCGCAACUACCAGCCCAGGAACAUCCUAACCACGGAUUGGACCAACUUGGAGAAGGCAUUUAAUCACCGCGUUGAGACAGGCUGUAGCAUCCGCACUGCUAGCAACCUUUUUGGAGUGAAACCUUCGACUCUUGGGGAUGCUUUCACUCGGUCCCUCAAGGAGAGUGAUGGGAGGACGUUCGUGCCAAAGCAGCAGAACGUCAAGAAGGUUUUCACCGAUGCGCAGGAACUCUUCAUCGAGGAAUACUCGAUAAAGAUUGCGCGCAUGUUCUACGGCCUGCCGACGAGAGCUUUCAGGAGGAUGGUCCUGAAGUAUGCAGAGGCUGUUGGCAGCCCGGCUAUUCCUGAUGUCUGGAGGAGGGAAGGUAUGGCCACCCGUGACUGGUAUUACGGGUAUAUGUUCCGUCAUCCAAAGCUUGCAUUGAAGGCUCCGGAGGGCAUGUCACUUUCGCGCGCGAUAGCUUUCAACCGCGUAAACGUUGAAGUCUUCUUCAAGGCUUACGUGGAAGCUGUCGAGCGACACAGUUUCAUGCCAGCCAGGAUCUUCAACUUGGAUGAGAGUGGCUUGUCCACUGUGAUGAAGCCAUGUAAGGUUGUUUGCGAGAGAGGUCGUCCUGUUGCUUCGCAGGUUGCUCGGGAGAGAGGCAAUCAUAUGACUUUCGUGGGGAUUGUUAAUGCUGCAGGGCAUGGUUUCCCUCCAGUGUUUAUCAUCGCACGAAAGAAGAUGAAUGCUGAUUUUCAGAGAGGGACUACUCCUGGAACCACAGUGCUCUUGCAGGCUAACGGUUGGAUGGACCAUGAGCGUUUCGUGCAGACACUCGAGCAUCUCCAUAAGGUGUCUUAUUCUUCAGUGGAGAAUAAGAUACUGCUGAUAAUGGACAAUGCCGAGUGUCACAUGAGCAUUCGUGCGGUUGAUCUGUCCUGCGAUCAAUUCAGGACGAUUUCAAGCUCUCAAACCCUCACGUGCCCAUUACGGAACAUAUGUGCCAGAGAGAUGGCGUGCAAGGCCUGGGACAAGGUUUGUAAUGUCACCAACAUCACCAAUGGGUUUCGCGCUACUGGCAUCUUUCCCGUCAACCGCAACAUCUUUCCAGAUGAUGCGUUUCUUGGGGCAGAAGUCACAGAGCAGGCCCCUCCUGAUGAUGAUGAUGAUGAUUUGCCACAAACUCUUGCCGCACCCUUGACACCAUGUUCAUCGGAGCCUGACCAACCUCAGCCUGGACCAUCUGGAAUAGGUAGGAUGUCACCAGCCUUCUCUGCUUCAGCGGCUAGCACUCCUGAAGCAGCACCCCAACCUCGGCAGACUCCAACUCCAACACCUUCAUCUCCUUCAAUUCUUGACGUCACUCCCGAAGCUGUGCAGCCCUACCCGAAGGCUCCUCCCCGCCCUCCUGCCAGAGGGCGCAAGAAGAUCCGCGCCUGCAUCCUGACUGAGGAUGAGGAGGCUCUUGGCCAGCUGCGGGAGAAGGAGGAGAAGAAAGCAGCCAGAGAGGAGAAGAAGCGGAGGUUGGAGGAGAAGAAGAGAGAGCAGGAGGCACGACAGGCAGCAAAGAGGAGGAGGUCUGAGGCAGUUGAGGCGAGCAGCAGCGAUGAGGAGGCUGCCGACAAUCCUGCACUGUGUGACGACUCAUCUGAAUAUUCAGAUGAGUUUGCAGAAGAGCUUGAGCAUGAUGCUGCCUCCUAUCCUUUCGUCCAGAAGGAGCCAGAGGUGGGUGACUUUGUCCUGGUCCAGCUUGUCUUCCAGAAGAAGAGGUCUGAGGACCUUGUCCACUUUGUGGGCAAGGUCAUUUCCCUGGAGAAAGACGGCCGGCUGCAGUUGGACUUCUUGAGGAUAAAGUCGCCCUUGCUGAAGGACACCUUCCACUUCCCAGCCAUCGGGGAUGUCGACAGUGUCGACCGCAGCAGGGUGUUGGGGGUCCUCACAGUCAGCACGGGGACCACCCAACGACAAGCAAAGCUGAUCAAGGUCCUCCCUCCCUUGAGGGACUUUAAUAUGCAUUAG